CUUCUAAAAUCAAUUCAAAGAAUAAAAAAGUUUGCUUUUUUCUAGAUGAUAAAACGAUUCUUAUUGCAACAACCAGCAGUCUUGGUGGACUUGUUAUAAUAUUGGCAUUAGCAAUGAUAAUACUCUGCAGAUUCAAAUCAAAGAAGAGUGACGACGACAAAAUGUCCCUAAAACAUAUGGAUACCAAUGGUUUUAAAAGUUUUGACGGCGCCCUCCAUAGAAAUCGAUUUGUAGAGGAUGACGACGAUGGUGUUGGAUCAUAUUACAGCCGCAGGCUAUCGAGUUCGUCUCUGCCUUACGGACAUCAAAAUAGACUAAGUGGGAGCGGUAAUCAGAACGGAUUUGCUCAUAAUGGGCUUUAUGCAAGUCCAAAUAAACUUCCAAGGGCAAGUAUCCACGGAUCUAUGCCAAACCUAGCAGGUAAUGGUACUUCAUUUAACCAUUUCGAUGACCGCCGAUAUUCUGGCGAUGAGGCAAGGCAUGUGUUAAGCUACAACCAAUGUUUAAACCGAAGUUAUGACAUUGACCUACGAGCACCAAGAAACAAUUGGAACGGCAGAAGAUCGCCCCCACCAGAUUAUGGAAGGCCAAGGUCCCCAAAGCCAGAUUAUCAUGGAAGGAAAUUUAACAGAUCCAAAGACAGCGGAGUGGGAAAUGGCAACAGCAGCGAACGCAACGAGUUAAUCAACGUCCAAGAGAAUAGAAGUCCGACACUACCUACGAUAUGGACAAAAGCAGAGUACUUAAUUUCUAGAAGCAAAAUUAAGGCCUGUCUUUUGCCCCCACAGUUACCGCGGUCCCAUUUAAACAAUUGUCACUUUGUUGCCGAUGAAAAUACAGUGUCAUGUCAAGAUUUUGCAGCUGAUAAAGUUAUUCGAGAUCUCAUCUCUUCUGGUCAUGCUACAGCAGAACCAUGUCCCUGCAUAGAACAAAUUAUUGCGAUUGAUGAAACGUUUGAAAAGGUUGAUAACUGCUAUAAACAGUGGUUCUUUAUGGACGGUGUCAAACAAAUGUGCUGCUACAGUGAGAAUGGUCAGCUUUUAAUUGAUAGUCCCGGUGCAGGAUAUCUUCUUCUAGAAUCUUAUGGAGGGUACAUUGGACGAGCACAUGACAUUUGCUGUGGUAAUGGAUCACAUGCAUUUAAAGAAUCUUGUGAAUCAUUUUAUCAAAUAAAUAAACCUGAUGAUUGUAGUACAUACGUGCCACCUGUUGUGUCAAUGUCAUCAGGAGAUCCUGUCAUACAAACAAUAGAUGGAGGAAAAUAUGAUUUUAAUGGCCAUGGUGAAUAUGUAUUUCUGACGGACGGGAAAAACUUUGAAAUACAAGCUCGAACAGAAUAUGUUGUGACGGGAAACAAAGAUUCGACAUAUUUUUCUGCCUUUGCAUUGCUUGAUAAAACGUCAAACGAGCAAGUAGAGCUGCAUUACGAUCGGAAAGCAGGAGAAAUCAUACUCUUUCGGAAUGGUACACCAAUUAGCAAUUGUAAAGCAUCAUCAAUGUUACAAAAGGGAAGACCUCCUCCCUGCGAACUUCCUCCAAGACAAAACUGUUUAGUGUUAGCUGGUGGUGGUAAAAUUACUAUACUUAACUGUGGUUUCAAAUCUGAUAUCAAACAGCUGGUGUUUGGGACUGACAAUUUCCUGGGUGUACAGAUCAGUAGAGACACUAAGGCAAAUUUAACAAACUUUAAAGGCCUAGCGGGACAUCGAGAGGACGGUUUCUACAUGACGAGAAAUAAAACAAAAGUUUCUGAAAAUGCAUCGUCAUCAGCAUUGUUUCAAUUUGCAGAAUCUUGGUCAUUACAAAAUGAAUCGCAGAGUGUUUUCAAAUACAAAGAGACUGGCGGAAAUUAUACAAUUUAUAACUCACAACAUACACUACCACAGUUCCUCGAAGACAAACUUGGCAACCUGACGGCAUUGUUCGAAAUCUUUACACCAGAUAAUAUAACACUUUUCAACAAAACAUGUAGAAAUUAUUGGAACAAGGAACCCAAUAAGCAGUGCCUUCUUACUAUUGCAAGAACGGGGGAUUAUGACCUAGGAUUAGAUGUUAUGCGACAUGAAAAUGCUACACGUUAUAUAUGGGAAAUAAAUCAUAAUAAAGCUCCAAUUGUAUCACCAAACCUUACAGAAAGAAUUAUAACUGUCAAUAUCAACUCAACAUGGACUAUUAAUCUUACUGAUUAUGUUACCGAUGAUAAUACAUCCCCAGAAAAUUUCGUGUUUGAUGUUGCCACAAAUUUAACAAAGGAUGAGUAUUACAUUGACAAUGGAAUCUUCACAUGGAACGUUGGCACUGGUUUACGAGAAAUAGACACAGGGAUACAAUUCAUCGUAUACGACUCAUUUAAUGCUAGCAGUGUUUUCAGUUUUCCAAUCUUUUAUUGUGGAUGUAGUGAAGUUUCGUUUUGUUCAUUUAAUGAAACUACAUACAAUCCUUCAGAUACUGUGGUGAAAGCCUCAUGUACUUGUCCAGACUACACAAACGGGUCGUAUUGCGAAGGUAUCAAAGAUGUUUGUCCGAACUAUAACUGCUACAAUGAUGUUUGUAAUGUGAUGGAUUACAAGUCAAAACCGUCGUGGCCUUGCGGCCCUUGUCCAAAGGGAAUGGAACAUUUGAUGCCUGGAUAUAAUCAGACAUGCAAAGGUAACGUAGAAUAGAACCUCGAAAUUAGGUAAAUGUUUGAAUAUUAGCGCAUAUUGGAAAAUAGGAGAAUAAUUUCAUUUUGGAAGAUAUAUUAAGUACAAACAAACCGCAUAUCUCUUCACUGGAAAUAUGUAUCUGAAUUGUAGCAAAUACAUUUUAUAAUCGUCAGAUUUAUGGCAAUAAAAGGUGUAGAUAUGUAUUUUCUUUAUGUCAAACCGUUUGAAAUAAAUAAUGGUUUGGCCGUGUAUGGUUCAGACUUUUCUUGAGCUAGGAAGUAUAGCCCGUAUGAAAUUGCGUGCGCAAGUCAAUCUCAGAAUAAUGCUUUUUUGGGACGUUGC